UAGACUUUUUUUGUUGUUUUUUUGGCUUCUUUACAGUAUCAGAAAAUGUCUUUCUUUACUGGAAUGAUCAUUGGAAUGUCCAUCGGAAUUGGGUUGAUCGUACUAUACGCUCGUUACCAGAACGAUCGAUCCUUUCGUCGCUCUCAAUUGGCCAAGACAGUGGCUGCAUUUGCGAAGAUGACAGUGCAAGAUUCAAGAAAACUUCUGCCUGAAGAGUUCUAUCCUUCCUGGGUCGUCUUUGCACAGAGGCAAAAGUUGAGUUGGCUUAACCUCCAACUUGACAAGAUUUGGCCAUAUGUUGACGAGGCAGCAUCAGAGUUGAUAAGAAAUAAUGUUGAGCCAAUUCUUGAACAAUAUAAACCUGUUAUAUUAUCAUCUCUCAAGUUUUCCAAAUUGACCCUUGGCACUGUGGCUCCACAAUUUACAGGAAUUUCCAUUCUUGAAGAAGAUGGAGAACCUGGGAGUGUCACCAUGGAAUUGGAGAUGCAGUGGGAUGGCAAUCCAAAUAUUGUAAUUGAUAUCAAUACCAGAGUUGGUGUAGCACUUCCCAUACAGGUAAAAAAUAUUGCAUUCACUGGGGUUUUCAGGUUAAUCUUCAAACCACUAGUUGAAGAAUUUCCUGGUUUUGGUGCUGUUUCUUAUUCCUUGAGAGAAAAGAAAAAGCUGGAUUUUAGUCUUAAAGUUAUUGGAGGUGAGAUAUCAGCAAUCCCUGGGAUUUCUGAUGCUAUUGAGGAAACAAUACGGGAUGCUAUCGAAGAUUCUAUAACGUGGCCAAUACGGAAAAUUGUAUCAAUAUUACCUGGGGAUUAUAGUGACCUGGAGGUGAAGCCUGCUGGAAUAUUAGAGGUGAGGCUAGUUCAGGGCAAGGAGUUAACCAAUAAAGACAUUAUUGGGAAAUCUGAUCCUUAUGCAAUCUUGUUUAUACGUCCACUACGUGACAGAACAAAAACCAGCAAAACAAUUGAUAACCAAUUGAAUCCCAUUUGGAAUGAACACUUUGAGUUCGAAGUUGAAGAUCCCUUAACCCAACGCUUGACGGUAAGAGUUUUUGAUGAUGAAGGAGUUCAGGCCUCUGAACUCAUUGGUUGUGCUCAAGUGGCAUUAAGGGAACUUGAACCUGGAAAAGUGAAGGAUGUAUGGUUGAAACUAGUCAAGGAUUUGGAGGUUCAGAGAGAUACUAAAUAUAGGGGUCAGGUGCACUUGGAACUCUUGUACUGUCCGUACGGAACAGGGAGCAGCUUUAAAAAUCCUUUUAAACCUGAUUUCCAGCCAACCACCUCAGAGAAGGCCAUCAAGGCUGGAACUAACGAAACAGAUGAUGCUGCUCUUAAAACGUCACCCUCUCAGAAGAAAAAUGUUAUCAUGCAAGGAGUGCUAUCGGUUAAUGUGGUAGCUGCAGAAAACUUGCCUGCAGGAGACUUUAUGGGAAAGGUUGAUCCUUAUGUUGUCCUUAAGAUGAAAAAAUCCGAAACAAAAGUCAAGACAAAGGUUGUAAAUGAGAGCCGCAAUCCUGUUUGGAAUCAAACAUUUGACUUUAUUGUAGAGGAUGCAUUACAUGAUAUGCUAAUUUUGGAAGUAAGGAACCAUGAUCCUUUUGGAAAGGGUAAAAUUGGAAGGUGUAUCAUGACACUUACCAGGGUUAUAUUAGAAGGGCAAAUUCAAGACAGUUUUCCAUUGGAUGGUGCUAAAUCAGGAAAGCUUUUUUUCCAUCUUAAGUGGACACCACAGAUUAGAUAAAGGAUGCCUUGUUCUUCUCUCUGCAUAAGAAGGCCAAACCAUGAGAUUUCAACAUGUUUUAAGCUGUGAAAAAUUAAAUAUAUAUAAAAAAAGAAAAAGAAUCUCAAAUUGAGCGUAGUUUUACUUUAUUUAGAGGAAUUAAAUGAAAAUUUCAAAUUCUUUGAUGCGAUACUAUCGUAUACGAACAUCGCACUGUAGUAGACUGAAUGGAAAAGACGAAGGGUAUUAAAAAGAGAGUAUUCAAGUUUGGAAAUACCAUCUUGAUAGUAGUCUCUUGAGAUUCCUUCGCAUUAGUGAUACGCUUUCCAUUUUUUUUCUUUUUUUUUUUUUUUCCUUUUUCCUUUUCAUUGACCGGGAAGUUGGAAUAUGCCGUAGGGAAUUUCUCUGUUCGUUCAGAUGGUUCAAAUGUUGGCACCA